ACACGCCCUCUCGACGCUCUUUGACGCGCUCUUCCGCACCACACGCACACGCACCACCACCCACUCAUCAUGUCUUCCCUCGAGUCCGGCAAGGGCGGCGACGUCGUCCAGCACCCCAAGGCCCAGUACAAGUUCACGGAGACGUCGCCCGGCACGUGGAAGAUCGGCUCGAUGCCCGUCGACCCGCACCAGGGGUGGAAGGCCAAGGAGAUCCAGCUCUUCAGCUUCCAGCGGCCCCACAUGCGCGGCUUCCACUUCGCCUGGUCCUCCUUCUUCUUGGCCUUCGUCUGCUGGUUCGCGUUCGCGCCGCUCAUGGUCCUCGUGCGCGCGGACCUGGGCAUGACCAUCAAGGGCGUCUUCACCGUCAACAUCUGCUCCGUCGCGUCGACGGUGCUCACGCGCUUCGCCGUGGGCCCGCUCUGCGACAAGGUCGGCCCGAAGCUCUGCCAGUCCGUGCUCCUCGCGUGGAUCUCCGUCAUGACGCUCGUGGGCAUGUCCGUCAACUCGCAGUGGUCGUUGGGCAUCGUGCGCUUCCUCAUCGGCAUGGGCGGCGGCACCUUCGUCGUGACGCAGUUCUGGACGACGCAGCUCUUCUGCCACGAGAUCGUCGGCGUCGCGAACGCGACGUCCGCGGGCUGGGGCAACCUCGGCGGCGGCGUCACGCAGCUCCUCAUGGUCUCCAUCUACGGCUUCUUCUUCAACACGGUAGGCCUCGGCUCCGAGACCUCGUGGCGCGUGUCGUUCGUCGUGCCCGCGUUCAUCACGGGCACGCUCGCGGUCAGCAUGUGGCUCCUCGGCGACGACAGCCCCCAGGGCGACCUCAACUACCUCUACGCCGAGGGCGUGCUCGAGCGCAAGACGGCCAAGGACUCGGCCAAGGUCGGCUUCUCCAACAUCAACUCGUGGAUCCUCGGGAUCCAGUACGCGUGCUGCUUCGGCGUCGAGCUCCACAUCAACAACACGGCCGCGCUCUACUUCGCGACCGUCGACUCCUUCGGCAUCGGCGUCAUCGACGCGGGCGCCAUCGCGUCCAUCUUCGGCUGGAUGAACCUCUUCGCGCGGUCCGUCGGCGGCAUCAUGUCCGACUACGGCUGGAAGCACGCGGGCAUGCGCGGCCGCAUCCUCGCGCAGUCCGUCGCGCUCACCUGCGAGGGCGUCAUGCUCAUCGUCUUCUCCCAGCAGACGGAGAUCGCCCAGGCCAUCCCCUGCCUCGUCGCCUUCUCCUUCUUCGUCCAGGCCACCGAGGGCACGUCCUUCGGCAUCGUGCCCUACGUCGAGCCCUCCGCCAUCGGCGGCGUCUGCGCCGUCGUCGGCGCCUGGGGCAACAUCGGCGCCGUCAUCUGGGGCCUCAUGUUCCGCUACAACUACGUCGGCCGCAUGGACGAGGGCUACCUCGCCAUGGGCUUCAUCAUCAUCGCGUCCGCGGCCGUCUCGCUCGGCAUCCGCAUCAAGGGCCACUCGCACCUCCUCGGCACGCUCGAGUGAGCGCGCGCCGCGCCGCGCGCGCCCCCGCCCGCGGACCGCGGAGCCGGCGCCCCGCCGCGCGGGCCCCGCGCGCGCCCCCCGACCCCCCCCCCCGAGCCCCGCCGCGCCGCUCCCGCGCCCGCCGCCGGGCCCGCCCUCGUGCCACAGCGCACGGGGGGACUCGCGCCCCGGCCGCGGCGCCGCCGCCCCGCGGGCGCUCGAGACCCCCCUGCCCUGUCUGUCCAUAAUCAUGCGUGUCU